AUGUAUAGAAGCUUGCUUGCGUACUGUGAAGGGUACAAUGGGUCUACAAAAACAACUACUACACAACUUGAUCAAGUGGGUAGUACUGCAACUUCAGUUAAAGUGGUUAAUGUUGAUGAUUAUGGCGCCAAAGGUGAUGGAAGAGAUGACACAGAGGCAUUUAAGAAGGCUUGGAAGGUAGCUUGUUCAUCUUCAUCUGGUGUUCUUGUUGUGCCUCAAAACAAGAAUUAUCUUCUUAAGCCAAUUACAUUCUCUGGUCCUUGCAAAUCUGAUCUUACAAUGAUGGUCUAUGGAACAAUUGAAGCUUCAGAUAAUCGAGCAGACUACGAAAGUGAUCCUCAACACUGGCUGGUGUUUGAAAAUAUACAAAAUUUAAUAGUUGAAGGUGGUGGAACCAUCAAUGGCAAUGGAAAUAUAUGGUGGCAAAAUUCCUGCAAAGUCAACAAAAACCUUCCUUGCAAGUCUGCACCCACGGCCUUAACCUUUUUGGAAUGCAAGAACUUGGUGGUGAGAAACCUCAAGAUCAAAGAUUCACAACAAAUUCAUGUUGAAUUUCAGAAUUGUGUCACUGUCCAAGCUUUAAAUCUCAUGAUAACUGCGCCAGAAAACAGCCCCAACACAGAUGGAAUUCAUGUUACAGGGACUCAAAACAUUCUAAUCAAGAGUUGUGUCAUCAAAACAGGUGAUGACUGCAUCUCAAUUGUAACUGGGUCUUCAAAGGUUCAAGCUUCUGACAUAACCUGUGGACCAGGUCAUGGGAUCAGCAUUGGAAGCUUGGGAGCAGACAAUCAAGAAGCCCAUGUUUCAGAUGUGAUAGUGGAUAGAGCAAGACUUUCUGGAACCACAAAUGGAGUCAGGAUCAAGACUUGGGCGGGAGGAUCUGGGAGUGUAAGCAACAUUAUAUUUCAAAAUAUAGCAAUGAACAGUGUCACAAAUCCAAUAAUCAUAGAUCAGAACUACUGUGAUGAAGUUGAGCCGUGCAAGGAACAGAAGUCAGCGGUGGAAGUAAAACAAGUGAUGUACAAGAACAUCAAAGGGACAAGUGCUUCAGAGGUGGCUGUGAUAUUUGAUUGCAGCAAGAGCUUUCCAUGUUCUGGGAUUUCAUUACAAGAUAUUAAUCUAGCAAGAGGAGGGGGAACAGCUAGUACCUUAUGUGAGAAUGUGAAAUGGACUCAAAUAGGGAGUGUUUCACCAACUUGCCCUUGAGGGAAAGGGAAUUAAAUUAAUUAGGUUUCUUGGAUUGAUUGUUAGAUUGUUUGAUAUUAUGUAUUAUAAGUACAAUUUAAAUUUGUUUGUGGGUUUGUUUAUCUUUGUUCAGUUCUGAGCUUCAGGUGUUUCCAUGAGGAAGGAAACCAGAA